AGGCUAAGACGAACGCGACAAAGUUUAUAGUAUAAGUAUAUGAAUGGUAACAAAUUAACGAGGCCAAUCAACGGGAGGGUCAGUCGGUCCUUUGCUUGGUUCGAAAGACGAAAAUUGUUGUCUUUGGUACUGAUCAGUCACUAUACUUCGCAGUAGGAAAUCGAACGAACAUACAUUAAACAAAGAAAAUACCAAAGCAUUCACCGACAUGGACAAUAUAAAAUCGCCGCUGAGAGAGAUGGCGGAGCAAAGAGAACAUCCCACACAUGUUGGUACCAUAACAACAUUCGGCGAUCAAUCUACAAUAUCAACGGCACCACAGCCGCAUAUGCAACCGCCUCACGACGACGAUGCCUGGUGGUGGGAAGUAGAGAAUGGCGAUUUGAUAUUAGACCUCGUGCCGAAUGUUGCCGCACGAAGGGAAAGUGAACUUAAUAACAGCAGUACCAACAAAAAUGAGCUGCCCGCGGAUUUUGCCUCAAUUUUGAAACGUUGCGAAAAUGUAAAUGCGCAAUUGAUGAUAAAAAAUACAAAAGCAAGUCAGAGAAAUAAGGAUAAUGCGAUGGCAGAAAGCGACGAAGAAGCAUCGGGCUCUACUAAAAUGCUGUAUGAGGAACCGCGCACAGACGAUAAAUUGGCAGGAGGCAGCGUUCGAGCUUACCGCAUACUUAACUCACAAGACUCACACGCACUCUGCAAUACUGUAGCAGGAGAACAAACACUCGAAGAAUUCAAAGAAGAAUUGCGCAUCAAGCGAUUAGCUCGCCAGACGGCCGUGCAAGACUUGCGCGAUGAGAUCGUCACAUUACGCAGACAAUUGGCCGAUGAGCAGGAGCUUACGCGCUGCUUUCGACGAAAGGAUACAGUCGAGCUAACGAGUGCAGAUUCGGAAAGGCCGCUGGUAGAAGAAGAAGGUACUAUUAUCGGUGCCACCGCUGGACCAGACUCUGACGAUGAGGAUCCCCAGAGUCGCGGUCGCCAUGCCAAUAUUGAACUUGCUAAUGCACAGCUUGCUCUACAGAUGGCUAAUGCGGAGAACUUAUCGUUGCGCACCGAAUUAAGUGUUAUACAAAAACAAGUUGGCACUUUGAAGGAAGUCAUUGCCUGCUGUAAACAGAUGCUUAUCGUUAAGGAGGAUCAGUGUGUACAG